AUGCGGCUAUCGUCGCAAGAUGGUGGAAGGUCGGUGCUCAGUAUGAGCAACCGAUUGCGGUUCCUGGGAGAGGUGUGGCCUCUCGACUGCCGGUGGUUCUUCCAAGCCUACGGCGCCAUCAUCUUGUCUAUAGGUCUGGCGACCUUUGUGGACGGUGCACUGGCGGUGUGUUUCACCUGGCGCCGGUUGGAGGAGACAACGCUCGUCUCGACCAACACGUCCACAAGCGGCAGCGCCGUCAUGAAGAUCGGCCUCUUCGUGCGAGACUGUCAGCUCUACAGCGCCCUGAUGCGACGACUGGAUGUCCCACAACUGGAGAAAUCCCUCGAAGAGUCUAAGAGAUAUGCCUCGCGCUUCCUGCUGUCCGGCUUCCACUUCAUGCUGGUGGAGGCGUGCCCCUGGAUGGUGACGCCCGUCGUUGCCUGCCCUGGCCAACACCACCUGCCCUGUGUCCAGAGCAACUGGUCGGAAACGACAGAGGUCGUUAGAGUCAUAUAUACUACACCCUCCAGAGGUGGUCGGUCUUCUGGCUAG